GUGACGGCAGCGCCGGCGACGGCAAGAUGGCGGCGCCCAGCCUGCUGCGCGGGGGCUUGAGGCGGUUGUUCACCGGGUUCUUUGGAAGUGGUUGGGCCUCACCACCAGUCCGAGCCCUCCGGGAGGUCGUGGAGGUGACUGAAGGCAACACGACCACAAUUGAAGGGAGAAUUAUAGAGGAUGCUGAAGCACCAACUCCUCCAAACCCCUCUGGCCAGUGUCCCAUCUGUCGCUGGAACCUGAAGCAUAAGUAUGAUUAUGUGGAUGUCUUGCUGCUGAGUCAGUUUAUCCGUUCUGAUGGAGGGAUGCUGCCACGAAGGAUCACAGGCCUCUGUGUGGAAGAGCACAGGAAGAUUGCCGUCUGUGUGCAGAUGGCUCACCGUGCAGGUUUGUUGCCAAACCACAGGCCUCCACUGCCUGAAGGGCAUAUUCCUAAGAAACCCAAGCUCAACAGGUAUCUGACCCGCUGGUCUGUCAGAUCUGCAAAGCCCAUCUGGAAGAGGGGCCCUAAGUGGUGCAAAAUACCCAUGCCGGUCGGACACCCUUUGCUGAAGGAUAAUGUCAAAUAUACCCACAAGCCUCUCUAUUUAAACCACUAGUGGCCAGAACUGGCACAGUCAGUAAGCACAGCUGUUUUCCAUGGUUCUGCUUUAUUUGCAAGUUUGUCAGUAUCUCCAAUUUUCUUACUCCAAAACUGUCAUUUGUAAGCUAUAUUGACUCCAGCGCAUGAGCUGUGAUCUGCUCCUCAGGAGAAUACAAGAUUCAGCAAAGCAAAGUUCAAUGUGCAGAAUAAUUUCGAGAAAGCUGGGGGCAAAGACUUGUACCUCAAAGCCAGAAAGGAUCUGAAGGCUUUUGUUUCAUUAUGGUCCACGACUGCGUUUGGAAAAUGAUGUUUCCUUCUUUUUCCAGCAAUGAAUGGUGAUUCCCUGUUAACGUGUGUUUCAACUCAG